CUUCGACAUUUAAAGUCAGUAUAUGUUUCCACGCCUUCGGUGCUAUCGAGCGCACUUGCGUACGGCGGUUGCCCGUAUAAUAGUUCUUCCCAGCCUUGUUUUCCUACCCACAUACUCAGCCCGGAGCCGCGUGUUAGUUUCCCAUAGCAUAGGUGCUUACCUUUAAAUCCUUGUGCCAUGGGAGCCGCCUGCCAGGAACUGAGGCCCUGCGAGGCCGAGCGCUCUGAGUGCACGGACCUUGCCGAUGCUUUUGCUAGGCUAAAUUACUGCACGGGAAAUGGUUCUGGUAGCAGUGGCCAGCACGACGUGCACCUUCCGGAUGAGGUUGUGCGCAAAAUCUCAACGUGCUUGGUCCAGAACGAAACACCGGGCCAUGCACUAGUGCACAUCCUAGCUUUCUGUGGUGUCUGCCGACAGUGGCGCAGCGUUGGUCACGAGUUGAACCCUGGAGUGUGCAUUGGCUUUGACGUCUUGGAGAACACGUUCAGCAACAAUCAGCCUUCCAUCCAGCGCUUUCGCCGGCUCACAACGGCACAGAAGGAGGAGGUCUUCUUUUCGGCUGCAAAGCUGCUUACUGGAUACACGGAGGUUGCGUUCUCUGGGGAAGCCGUGUCGGACCGGUUGGUGCAGACGGUAGCCCAGCGCGUGGGCGCCAUUCUCGUCAAGGUUAAGCUUCACAACGCCAAGCAGGUCACCGAUGCAGCGCUUUGCACUCUAGUUCGCGCUGCACCGAAGCUCCAAAGCUUUGUAGCAGAGGAGCUUGAUCGCGUUGCGGGCAAUUUCCUUGUGCCGCUCAUGGAGGACUGCUCCAACCUAACAACGGCGCACGUAGCAAACAUUCCAUCACUGAACUGGAGCCUGUGCAAACAAUUCAGCACGACGUGGGGGCCAAAGAGUCUCACCAAAUUGGUUGUUCGCGCGGCUGGUCUGGACGACACAUUCUGCAGCAUAAUCGCGAAGCUGAACAACCUGACAGACAUUGAGCUGGACGGUCCAGCGGCCAACAUCAUCGAAGCGACGCAGCAAUGCCCCGCUUUAAGCCGCAUCAGCUACCUGGUCGGCAAGAAAAGCGACCUCGAUGCGGCGCUUGCUGCACUGACCAGCAUGAAGGAGCUAAGGCGCUUGGAGCUGAAGCAGCUGGAGCUGAUCGUGCGCAACUUUGUGCUCACAAUCGAGCACCUCCGCACAAUCGGUCGGCUGCGGGUUGCGGACCUGCGGAUCGACAGCUUCAUUUACAAGCAGCAGCCCACCCUCAACCGCAGCAGCUACAGCCACGUGGAUAACGAGGGCGUGAAGGCGCUCGUGGACGGCAUCUGCGCGGAGUGGGGCCUGCGCAGGGGAGACAUGGCCCCCCUGAAGCUGUCCCUGUGUGGCGCCACCGCGCUGACGCACGACGCGGUGAGUGCGCUGCUGCGGCUGCCGGUGCUCACGGAGCUGGACAUUGGCGGCUGCCUGCGCAUCACCGCCAUGGACAAGAUGAGGCUGGUGGCCAAGGUGAAGGCGGGCAGGGAGAUGCUGGAGUCGGGGCGCCGGCCGCAGAACCGCAUCAACAGCCGCUUCCCGGGGCUGCUGCUGUGAGGGAGGGGCAGCCAGGGAGGCGCAGGCAGCUGCUGCCGCCCAACACCAUCAUUACGAGCCACUCCAGCACAACCGCCGCGGCGACCCAUGGUUCGGUGGCACGGCCUCCAUCAGAUGCCGCCACCGCAGUCGCAGGGCAGCGAAUACAUGUGCAGCAGUUGGCGGCGGGUGCUGGGCGUUGCUCGGUGGGAGCGGCAGCGGCGGCGGCAGCAGCAGGGGCAGGAGGAGGCUGGGGUGGCGGAGGCAGCGGCUGGGGUGUUCCGCUGGCUGCAUGGAGGGCCUUCCUCCUGCUGUCGAUGCAGACGGGGCGGUGCAGGCAGCAGAACCAAGGCGGGCGAGGCCGUUGAUGCUAACCGCCGACCUAGGGCCGUCGGAGGCUUCCCCGUGGUUUGGAAAUGACGUACCGGCGGUGCUGAGCUGGGUAAUGAGGUUUGGAUGGGAAGCGCCGGCACUCGCGCAUAACAAAAAGUAGGAUAUUGUCCCCGCUGGUUCGGCGGUAGGGAAGGAGAUUCUGAGGCAGUUUGGCAGCGUGAGCUGCUUUUGGCAGGAAGGAAUACGUCUGCUGCUGCCAGUGUGUUUGGGAUUAGGAGGAGGAUUGUAGGGCUGUGGGAAAUGUGUCUGGGAGAAGUCCGCGUGAAGUAUGCUGAAUCCACGUUGCAGUUGAGAUGUAAUUUUGCGGAGGUAUGCAACUGUUCCGAAUCGAUUUGGGGGUGUGCAGAGGGCGCACGCAUGCAAUUUUGAAGCGCGAGGCACGUCGCUUUCAAAUCUGGUUUCCGGUUUUGGAAGCUUGGAAGCCAGGUUCAACAAGCCAAAGCGGCCCUGCCGCUGCCCCCCCCUCCCCCAUGGCUGCUGCGAUACCGACCCAUCUGGGUGGCAGUGCAGGAGUGUCAUGGAUGCAGGUUGGUUCUAUAGAGUUCUUGAAGCCCACUUCUUGCUUUGUACAUUGCGCGGGAUGUGUGUGUGUUAAGAAAACUGGCCGCGAGUAGGAACGUGUGUUAGAAAAACUGGCCGCGAGGCGAAACGUACGUACGUACGUGUGUGUGUGUGUGCGUGUACGAAAUAUCUUCCCCGUGCACGAAUUUAGAGGGCUGCUUGUUUGCCCUGGGUGGGGUUAAGGCAUUGGGGGCGGAACAGGGCCUUGGCCGUUCACACUUUUGCCGGAUUGCCAGGGUGUUGCAGGCGGGGUAGGUAGCCCGGCCAGGCUGGCAUUGCAGGACGGUAGCAUGGGUAGCAGGAGGGCGCGAGGAGGAGGAGGAGGAGGAGGAGGAGGAGGGGGAGGUCCACACGGGCGUUUGUGGUUUCUGUGCGCUAGCGGUGUGGGAGCAGGAUGGGGAUUGUUGUCAGGUGUGUAGCUCAUUACUCUGCUUAAUACAGUGCAUGCAGUGCUAGAACGAAUGGCGUGGCAAGAGCUCAUCACAGGAAGACUUGCGGGGGUUUAAGAACCUCGGGCGCCAUCAAUGCCAGCCGCAAUGACAUGCCGGGGAUUAACGGGCGGGGUCGGUGGCGGGUUCCUAUACCUUGAGGAGGGCUGGGGGGGUUUGGGAUUUUUUUGCUGUUGGAGCUCCGGCGGAGGCUGUGUUUCCGAACAUUUUCACAAUUCCAUGUGCGUAUGUGCACCUCUUAUUCGUGCGAAACAAGUAAAGGCGGUGAUGGAAUGAUGCACGGUUUUGGGUGCACUCGUCUAUUUUGUUUCCAAGUAAGACGACAGAGCACCAAUAGCAUGAGACAGGAAGACAGAGGAGAGGCAUUGAGAGCGUGGGAUAGCUAGAUACAGUGCGGAUUGCAGCUGAGGCGGUUGCCACUCUUUCCAAGUAGGUUCGUGGCAUCCCGCCGCGGGGUGCGACGCAAACAACCCAGAGACGUCAGGGCUGGGCUGCGUAGUGGGUCAUGUAGGCGUGGGGAGGCGGAGGGAUCAAGGGAGGCGGGGAGGCACGAGGAAGGGCUGCGGGGCUAGGGAUGCUGGGUGGUUACGUUGGCUGGAAGUAAAGCUUUCAUGGUUGCACGUGUUCCCUGGUGGGUUGGGGCGCAUACGCCGAUAUGGGCGGCAAUUAACGUGCGGGUCCUGUUCCUCCGUCGUUUUGUUGGUUUGCUGUAAGCAGGAGUGGCAAUGCAGUGCACCCGCGGGAUUGCUGUCUUGAGUGCCGGGUUGUCUGUCAGCCGAUGUGCAUCAGAAGGAAAGGAGGGAGGCCGCCCUGGUAUGGUUUAUUGGUUUUACAUUGCUAUGUUGUUUUCCACAUGUGUUGCCUGUACCAAACAUGUAUCUACGGACACAAAACCUUCUUUACAAACGUCUAGCCGGC